UAUAAAUACCAAACAGACCCCUCUACUUCUAUAUUCCACCAUUCAACAAUGGAGGAUCUUCUUCUACAAUCCCAAUCAAUUCUAGCCAUUGUUGCCCUAAUCUUCCUCUACCAUCUAUGGAGAGGAACAAGGUCCAUAACUCAUAAACCCCAAGCCCCUGAACCAUCUGGUGCCUUACCCAUUAUAGGUCAUCUCCAUCUACUAAUGGGUCAAGUUCCCCUGGCCCGAACACUCGGCGACAUCGCCGACAAGUACGGCCAGGCCGUGACACUUCGUCUCGGCGUUCAUAAAGCCCUUCUUAUCAGUGGACGUGAGGUGAUCAAAGAAUGUUUCACCACUCAUGACAAGAUCUUAGCUACAAGACCAGCAGUAGCUGCAGGGAAGUACUUGGGCUAUAACUAUGCUGUCUUUGGAUUUGCACCUCAAGGGCCCUACUGGCGUGAGCUUAAGAAGAUAAGUUCUAUUGAGCUUCUCUCCAAAACCCGGCUUGAAAUGCUCAAACAUGUAAGAACCAAAGAAGUAAACACAUGCAUCAAAGAGUUGUAUUCUUAUUGGGUACUCAAGAACAAAGAUGGAGGUCCAGUUAUUGUGGAGAUGAAUAAAUGGUUUCGUCACCUUACUUUCAAUACCAUUACCAAACUUAUUUCUGGGAAACGAUUUUUUGGUACUGUAGAUGUUGGUGGAGAUGAUGAUGAUGAUGAAGCUAGAAGAUUCGAGAAAGGUUUAGAAGAACUUGCAAGGUUAACUGUGAUUUUUGUUGUAUCAGAUGCAUUACCUUAUCUUGAAUGGAUGGAUUUGCAAGGACACCUGAAAGCUAUGAAAUGUGUUGCUAAGGAAAUGGAUUGUUUAAUUGGGAAUUGGUUGGAAGAACACAAGAAGAAACUAUCAGGUGAUCAUGAACAAGACUUUAUUGAUGUGAUGCUGUCAAGCUUUCCUGAUAAGGAUAAGUUAAUUUAUGGUUAUGAUCGUGAUACUGUCAUCAAGGCAACUGUACUGACACUUAUUGUAGGUGGCUCUGAAACCACAUUCCUCUCCUUAACAUGGGCGCUUUCCUUACUAUUAAAUCAUCCUCACGAGUUAAAAAAGGCCCAAGAUGAGUUGGAUGUCCAUGUUGGUAAAGACAGACACGUGGACGAGUCAGAUAUAAAGAACCUUGUGUACCUCCAAGCCAUUGUCAAGGAAACAUUACGCUUAUACCCACCUGGACCAGUAUUGCCACGUCAAGCCAUGGAAGACUGCCAAUUGGGUGGGUAUCAUGUUCCAAAAGGCACACGUUUACUAGUGAACAUAUGGAAGCUACACAGAGACCCUAACAUAUGGUCAGACCCUAAUGAGUUUCGACCAAAGAGAUUUCUCACAACCCAUGCUGACUUAGACUUCAGGGCUCAGCAACACGAGUAUAUACCGUUUAGUGCCGGUAGACGGCCAUGCCCUGGUAUUGCCUUGGCCACACAAGUCUUCCACUUGGCCCUUGCUCGUGUUCUUCAUGGGUUUGAUGCGAUGAACCCUUUGAAUACAUCGGUGGACAUGAGUGAAGGUGCAAGCAUCACCUUACCCAAAGCAACCCCUCUUGAAGUUCUUCUCACGCCACGUCUUCCUUCUAAGUUGUAUGAAGACUAGAUUUCAAAAGCACAUAUGUAUCGA